CCCUCUAGUCUGCCUGGUGCCGAGAUGGUUCGUCUGCUGGUCGGCCCGAACAGGACCGAGUUUAUCAUUCACAAGAAGCUGCUGUGCGGCUCAAGCUCCUUCUUCCGCUACAGCCUGGAGUCUGUGUCCACGCCCAGCUCGCCUGCCUCAGCCAAGGAUGGCGAUGGCGGCGCCGUCGUCAAGCCCGAGAAGGUCCUGUGGCUCUCGGAGGAGAGCCCCGAGAUGGUGGACUUGUUCCUCCUCUGGCUGUACCAGCGCAGCUCGUUCCGCAACAUGCUCGAGAACAUGGUCGCCGCCGUGACCGCCCCGGCCAAGGGGUCCAGCCAGGUCAGGCUCCUCAGCAGCAGGCGGGCGCUGCACUGGAACCUGGUCAAGCUGCACCUCUUCGCCGCCGUCAUCCGCCUGCCCGUGCUGCAGGACAUCGCCAUGGACGCCAUCCAGGACCUGUACCUGCGCUGCGACUGGGACGUCAGCGUCAACUUUGUGCGCUUCCUGUACGAGGAGUGCACCUGCGAGCAGGCCUUCCGGAUCCGCAAGUGGACCGUGGCCAUGCUGGCCUGGACCCUGAGCAACGGGAGCGCUGACCCCUUGGCCUUCAACGAUCUGUUUGCCGAGUUCCCGGACCUGUGCGACGACUACACCCAGCACAUGCAGAAGAUGAUCGACAGCCGCGCCGACGUGCGCGUCAAGAACCCCCAGCUCAGGCUGCCCAGGAAUAGGCUCAAGAACGAAGAGCGUCACUUUGGCUAUCGCCAGUGCUCCUUCCACAGCCACCGCUCGUCUGUCGGCGAGGGGAGGUGUCCCUAC